AUGGCUUUCGUUCAGUCCACGCUGUCUGUGCCAACUUCACAGCUACAAAUAUCUCAAAAUGUCUUCAACUCAACGAGAAAUGUAGUCAAAUGCUUGCCGGUGCAAAAUCCUACCAAAUCUUUCUGGAUCGAUUCCCCAGAUGCCAAUCCGUUGGCAAAGGAAGGAAGUACAGGCCUUCUUCCUACAGCAGCCGAUAUAUGUAUCAUUGGCUCAGGAAUCACAGGUGUUUCAGUCGCCUAUCAUCUAGCAACUCGCUUUAUGGGAAAGGAACCGUUGAAGAUUAUCCUACUUGAGGCGAGAGAUUUUUGCUCUGGGGCAACAGGACGGAAUGGAGGCCAUCUAACACCGAAUGUUUUCUUUGAUUUCUGCAAUUACAAAGCACGAUAUGGUCAGCAAGAGGCUUUGAAAGCGCUUGAGCUGGAAAAUCACACAGCAAUGGGUAUUUUGGAAUUUAUAUCCUCACAGAACAUAGCAGGCGCAGUGGAUCUAGUCGCUGGGGGACACCUCACAGCGUUCGUGACCAAUGAUGAAUUUCUGCGUGCGAAGGAAGACUACGAUGCUGUCAAGGCAGCCGGCAUAGAUCUUUCAAAUGUGGAGUGGCUAAGUAAGGAAGACAUGCUCUCGAUCUACGGAGUCUCGUUCCCUGGAGCUAGAUACGGUGGACACAAUCUUUGGCCCCUUAAACUUGUCACACAUCUAUACAACUUUGCCAAAUCGAAUCUCUCUCUCUCUCUUCAUACCUCUACUCCGGUCAACACUGUCGAAAGGAACAGUGAAACGACUAACUCUCAUCGCUGGAAACUUCAUACACCGCGCGGUCCCAUAUCGUGCUCAUACGUUGUCCAUGCCACAAACGCCUAUGCUUCCCAUCUCAUACCACACCUUCGUGGGUCCGUUGGUAUUGUGCCUACCCGGGGUCAAGUCGUGGCCGUCAGGGCAAGUACAUCCCUCGAUAAACUGAGUGGUAGGCCAUCAUGGGACGCAAACGACGGUUUUGAGUACUGGUUUCCCCGUCCGGUUGCCUCCAGUUUAGAACAUCCACUGUACAUCCUUGGUGGGGGUAGAGAGGCGGAAUCUCACUUUGCACACGGUGAAAUAGACGAUUCCAAAUCCAACAAAGAAGUAGCACAAGUUCUUAGGGAAUUUCUCCCGGGCUUGUUUCCAGGUAAGUUCGAACGAGGAACGGAACCGGAGAUGGAAUGGACCGGAAUAAUGGGGUUCACUCAAUCCAGGGAUCCAUUCGUUGGCCCAGUAGGCGGCUAUGAUGCUUCAAACACCAAACAUUCAAACUUUGAUGGCCAGUUCGUUGCUGCUGGAUACUCUGGUCAUGGAAUGCCCCGUGCGUUCGCCUGCGCAGAAGUUAUCGCAUCGAUGAUAUUUGCGGAGUUCCAUGGUACAAUAUGGAACGCUCCGAAGUGGCUGCCUCACCACUUCUUGACAUCCAGCUUGGCAGAUCAACCAGAUGCUUAACUGUAAUGUAUAUGAUGCGUUUGAGUAGGCGAUUGAGUCUCAGUCCUGGUAGCAGCUGGAUUGUAUCUGUAUCUGUAGUUUGGAUUUAUGUAUGUUCGAUGUGGCAGUCGCGUCAAAGACGCGUUUCGACAACACGAUCACGUGGUGACCAUUACGGCACACCUUAAAUUCUCGAGUGGUUGAUGAUGCCCAAUCUUA